GAAAUUGCAUGAUCUUUCGAGAACAUCCAUCAUGGACAAGUGGCUUUCAUCCGUGCUUUCUCUGGAAACCCAACUUGACUCGUGGGGUAGAAAGAGAAGUGUUAAAAAAGCACUCCCACUGAUCACUAGACUUCUUUUGAUUGCCACGUUUAUCGAAGAUUCCAUCCGAGGAAUAGUACAACGUGAGCUGCAGAUUCAAUUUCUUCAAUAUCGUUACCAUUUACCGUUCCUUGUAUCAGCUGUUUUUCUAUACUCUUGGAUCUCGACUGCCACUGUUGCCAGCUUCAGCAUCCUUUUGCGUUGGCACGAAGACCGUGCUGCGUUGGUGUUGGUUGCGUACGUCACGUUGCAGCAACUUUUGUAUGGAAAAUAUGCGCCUUCUACUCACGGAAAAUGGGGAUUCUUGGUUCGUAACCUUUGCCUUUGCGGUAGUCUCUUGAUCAUCGUCGCCUCUAGUCGGAUGAAAAAAGGCUAUACGUUGUUACCAGGGUUUGGUAAGCCAAAAAAUGGCACCACUUCACGUUUUCCUGAAUACAUACAACUCGCAAGUCGUUGUUUGAUGGCAUUGUUGUCGUUGGAGUUUGUGGCUUCGAUGGGAUGGAUCGGUACAUUGCUUUCUCUACCCGUGGUGUUGUUUGUUUUCGUUGGAUUCAAAACGCAGUUGUGUUCUUUAUUGUUGAUGUUGCUGUAUGCUAUACAUAAUGUGUUGCAAAGUGCUUUUUGGUAUUUUCGUGGUAACUCGUGGGAAGCGAUGGUUCAACGAGAUGUCAAAUUGUUUGAGUUUGUACAAACCUUAUCCAUCAUGGGUGGACUAGGUUUGUUAUCCAGUUCGGGUCCUGGGGCAUUGAGUUUCGAUGAACGGAAAAAAUAAUGAAGUACUGGUGUAGAAUUUCUCUUUUAUAUAGCCUCGUAAUAAAAACGAAUCUAGUUGUGUUGUUCUAAAUACAUGCCAUUUGGGGAUGAUUAUGUAAAGUUUUGCA